CGAACGCCUCACGCGCGUACGCCGGGGACAAACCAGUUUGCGAUUUUGACCGAUUCUAUAUAAUAUAAUAUGUUUAUCGUCAUCGUUUAUCUCCGAUCUCAAAUACGUUCGUUUGGCGGAAAGACGAUUAAAAUAUAUUAUAUUUCCGUUUUAUGCGAUUUUUUUAUAGUACACUGUUCGGUCGUGCAUGCCCGCCAAACGUUUAGGCCGUACAUAUGGCGUCAUCAUCGUCGUCGUUGUCGUCAUCGCAAUCGCGUCAUUGCCGAAGCGAAUGCAUUAUAACAUCCUCUCGAAAACCGUGGGCGCGUGGGAGUGGAUCGUUUCGAAAACGAUGAUGAUCGAGGAAGAAAGAGAAAACAAAUGUAGAGCUUUACAAUUCCCGUUGAUGACCUGCUGUACACUGUACAGUUUACAGCGCACCGUCACCUUAAAACGUCCACCGAAGUGCUCUGCAAUACAAAUUCGCAGACAAGCCACCGAAAGAAAAUUAAUUCAACAACAAGUCUGUUGUGUUCGGCGAUUUGCAAUAUAUUUUGAACUUAAGAUAACCAAAAAUAUUUGUUUCAUGAUAUGAAAUCAUUGUAACAUUAUUAAUAUAAUAAAUUGUAAUAAUAUUAUGUAUAUACCUGCCGAAGAGUUACACAAUAAUUCCGAUAAAGACUCGUGUAUUUUUAUUGGUGAUUUUCUUUAAAUGGACAUCAUUCUGAUCCAGGUGUAUAUAGCUGAAAUCUUUUUAUUUACAACAGUUUACUACAGCAUUAUUAUGCUGUGCUUAUAUUUGAUAGUAAAAUAUCAUAUGAUAUACAUAAUAUUGUUUAAUUGUAUGUUUAGAGAAAUAUUUAAGAAAACCUAAAACUUAUAAAAUAUCUGUUCGGUUUCCAGAAAGUAAUGCUCUAUAUAUGACCUAUAAACGAUUAAAAGAGCUUCGACAUAGAAACGCAUUUAAUAAUAAAUAAUA